AAUUAGUCAACCGCAGGCCCUGGGCAGACAGAGAAGCUGUCCAGUAGAGUAUGGCAAGAACAGUUAAGUGAUAAGAUACGUGUGAAUGAGAUCUGUGCAGAGAAAUGGUACUCCACCUCCUCGAGGUGCGGCUGGAAACCAGCCGGUCGGUAAGUCGUGUGCAGGAUGCGCGCAUCCUGCAGACACGCGGUAGUGACCGGCGGGCUAAGAGAGUACCCCCAGGGCCAGAUAGGGAUGGAGAGUGAGAAAAUUUAGGCAGCACAUUGCACCACAGUGCUGGGCGAAGACUAUCGUUCGUCGUGGGUGGAAGAUUGCUCCCAGUGCAGUAGUAAUCAAACAGCACAUUGCACGAAGGGUGCUGGACGGAGUCCAACGACCGUCGGAGCGUUGAUCUUGAUGAUCGUGCCAAGUGAAAGCUGUAUUAAAUAGGGGUAUUGGGUACUUGUUGGAAAUUGGCAACUUAUCGAUAUUUUGAGUAGUUACUUCUACAGAAGGCGUUUGAUAUGAGCGAAAAAAGUGGAAAAGCAUCUGGCUCCGGCCAACGAAAAUCACUAGAGGAAGAGAUUCAACAAAGUCUGGCUACCAGAACGGCGUGGGCUGAUGAUGCGGAGCGCGCAGGUCCAUCAAGCGAUGCUGGCACAUCAGGGGCUACAACUGACACGGACAGUCGUAAAAUCAUAUUGGAGGCUCUGGAGAAAAUCAAGAGGAAGAAGUCGCCUAAAGAAAGAGAGAAGAAGAGGACAAGGUCCGAGAAAGAACCUGAGGAGGAUAGAACACAGGAUAAGCGCUCGAGACCGGAACAUGGUAGGGGUAGCCCACAAAAGACCUCGGCACCCAAAGAGCAGCGUAAACCUAAGAGUCCAGUGAGAGAGAGAAAAACAAGGAGUGAUUCAUCCUCCUCAGAUGAUGAGGCGGAAGAAGAAGUCUUCGUGAAAACACCAGAGCGUGGUAAAGUAAUGACAUCAGCAGCGAUGUUAUUGGAUAUUGAGAAACUCUUGAAUGAAAUGGCAAAUUACACAAAGGGUGGAAACAAGAACAUGUCAAAGACGGCAUCUGAAUACCUGUCAAGGAGGAUCAAAGAAGUCAAAACCAGUGUUGUCAAACUGGGCAACUCCUUGGACGUCCUGACUGAAGGCCCAAGGAAGGAAGAGGUAAGGCCACAAAAGACGUUUGCUGAAGCUGUGAGAGUCCAGCAAAGACAAGAGACUGUAAUCAGGGUGAACAGUCUCAAAGGCAAGGAAACACCUAAAGAAUUGAGAGCGAAAUUUGAGGCCUGCCUUAGCCCAAGGAAGCAGCAACUGCAUGUGAAAAGAGUUCGAGAAGCGAAAGCCGGUGGUCUGGUGGUAGCGGUUGAGGACAAGAGGACUGCGGAUCUGAUUGAAAAAUCAAUCCAAGAGAAAAAACCGGGACUGAAGGUAGAGAAGCUUGUGAAAAGGAAACCGCGAUUGAUCAUUUUCGAUGUGCCUGUAGAAGACAGGGAAGAGCAGGUUCUUGAAGAUUUUAGAGUGCAGAACACGAAGCUCUCUAAAGAGCAUUUCAAAGAAAGUGUGAAAGUCCUAUUCAAAACUGGACAGAGAGAUAAGGAGAGAAGACACUAUGUGGUUGAAGUGGCACCUGCGGUGAGGAAACUGUUCCUCACCAAAGGUCGCCUUUACAGAGGAUAUGAAUCACACAGAGUUGUGGAUUUUGUUAGGCCUUUGAGGUGUAACAAAUGCUUGAGAUAUGGACACAUGGCCAAGUCCUGUUCGGAAGAAAGGGCUCAUUGUUCCAGAUGUGGGAAGACAGAUCAUCUUGUUAAAGAUUGUGAAAGAAGUUCCAAAGAGUCAUCCUGUGUAAAUUGCCUAAGAGAAAAGAAGCCGGGUAAUCACAGCAUUAAUGCUAAGAGAUGCCCUGUCUAUCUGAGAGCAGUAGACAUGGAAAGGAGGAGAUUCAAUCUUGAUGAUGAUUGAAGUGUGUCAACUUAACUUGCAGGGUUCCUAUGUUUGCCAAUCUGAACUGGAAAGGCUAGUUGAAGAAAGACGAUUCAAAAUUCUACUUUUGCAAGAGAUUUAUACAAUUGAAGGACAAAUGAGAGGAUUUAAUGGCUGGAAAAAGUAUACUUUUGGUGAAGACCCAAAGACUGCUAUUUUGGUGGCAGAGGAAAUUGAUUCGAUUCUGAUUCGAGAAAUGUCUUCAGAACAUAUGAUUGUCGUUAAUAUUUUGUUGUUUGAUUUUAAUGUUACUUGUGUUAGUUUGUAUUGUCAGUUUCGUGAUCCAGUAGAUAUGUAUUUGUUAAGGCUUGAAAGAGUUGUGGAUAGACUCGGAAAUGGUAAGAUCUUGAUAGGGGGGGACUUCAAUGCGAAGUCACCACUAUGGUUUGGAUCGGUCGUGGACCCGAGAGGUAUUGAGGUUGAAACGUUUAUUAUUGUUAAAGAAUUGGAAAUUUUGAACAAACCUGGACAACUAAGUACGUACAGGGGAAAUGUUGACUUAAGAAGACAGUUUGAAGGUACAAAUAUCGAUCUUACACUGAUUAAGAACUUGGAGGACUGUGACAUGGAGUGGAUUGUCACCGAGGACAGCAGCAGUGACCACCGGCUUAUAAGAAUUUGUAUGAAGAUGGAAGGAGAGAGACCUCAGAAUGUAGUUAGACCAGUAAAACGAUUUAACACGAGAAAUGCUGCUUGGACUCGACUAUCGAGAGAGAUUGCCCGUCAGAUUGGAGAACUGCAACUGGAUAUUGAAGUGGAUACUGUUGUGACAAAUUUCAUGAACUGUCUGACCAAUGUGUGUGAGCAGGUACUGGGAAGAAGUGGAUUAAAGCAUGUGUCAACAAGAUGGUGGAAUAACGAGUUGACCAACUUAAAAAGAAAUGUGAAAAGGAAGAGAAGACUAUUGCAGUCAACUCCGGAACCAGAGAGGAGAGCAUUUGUCCUGGCUGAAUAUAAAGUGCUUGAGAGAGAAUAUUUUUCAAAAAUAAGGGAGAGUAAAAGGGCCUCGUGGAGAAGUAUUGUUGAAGAGUCGAGUGAGGACCCGUGGGGCUUGGCAUAUAGAGUGGUAAUGGGAAAGAUGAAGACAAACGUGCCACUAGAAGCGAUGAGAUUUGAGAAUGGCAUUGAGAUUGAACCAAGAUUUGUAGUUUCCAGGUUGCUAAACCAUCUUAUGCCUGAUGAUGAGGUUGAUAAUGAGGAUUGGUUUCAUAGAAGAAUGAGAGGACAGUUGGAAGUGUUUGGGAACCUAGAAGAGGGUGCAGCUAUUGUGGAAGAAGAAGUGAAAACAGCCUUGUAUGGUAUGGCAAGAAAGAAGGCACCAGGUGAAGAUGCUCUCACUGUUGAAAUUAUUCAGAGUAUUUAUCCAAAAAUUAAAGAUUUUGUUUUGUGUAUGUUCAACCGUUUGUACUUCUCGGGUUACUUCCCGACCGAAUGGAAAAAAG